AUGAAAGUUGCAAGCUGUGGCAUCCACGGUUUUCAUGAGACCAUCGGCCUUGAUGUCAACGAGAUACGAGUAUUCUGGACGCUUGAGAGCGACGAGUAUGCUGAGCAAACCGCCUACCGUGUGAUAAUCUCGUCAUCGGACUCAAGCAUAGCUGCUGAGGCAGCCAUCAACGCCACCUGGGAUUCUGGUAAAGUCUCCACGAACGAGCAGCGAAACAUUCUCUGCAAACCCAAGGAUGGUUUCCGCUCAACAAGCUUCUACUACUGGAGAGUGACAGUAUGGGACAAACAGGAUGUUGCUUCCCACUCUGAGGUCCAGACCUUCUUCACCGCAUACCCCAGAUCUCAACUGCUGCCACCUUACUCCAUGAACCAGAAGUACAUGCCACAUUCAAGUCUCAUCUUUCGUACAUGGUUUGAAGACAUCGAGAACAAGUGGAAGGCUGUUUGGAUUGGAGAUGGUGGUGACAAGCCAUUGUACAUUCGUAAAGGCUUCAAUUUGGCUCGUAAGCCAACCAAGGCUAUAGCUCUCGCUUCAGGUCUUGGACAUUUUGAUCUUCACGUGAACGGUCAACCUGCUUCUGACCAUGUCAUCGAUCNNCCGGGUGUAAGUCAUUCUAUGUUAUCGUAUGUUGCAAGCCGCUCAUCGUUUCUAGGGUCGAACUACCACCGUACCGUUCAGUACGUCGGCUACGACCUAACAGCACACCUUGACGCUGGAGAGAAUGUUCUCGCAGCACAUGUCGGUAACGGUUUCUAUGCCGGUAGCGGCACCGAGGAAGACCGAUUCUUCUGGCCCAUGUAUGAAGACAACACUUAUGUUCGCUAUGGCAAUGAGUUGUGCUUCUUCGCCGAGCUUCACUUGUUCUAUGAGGAUGGCACCCACGACAUCAUUCACACCGACCCCUCAUGGAAGGUCCGCAAGAGCGCGACUACGCUUGCGAAUAUCUAUGCUUCUGAGACGCACGACAAGCGUCUAUAUCCCUCGGGUUGGACGUCGCCGGGCUUCGAUGGGAGCGAGUGGAGUCUUGCAAAGCCGCUGACCGGACCUCGGGGCUUGCUGCGCUACCAGAGUCAGCCACCAGUCAUUCUUCACGACAAACUUGAGCCUCAGUCUACAACAAAUCCUCGACAUGGUGUGGUCUGCUUCGACCUCGGACAGAAUGCUUCCAUCAUGCUUCAUCUGUCUGUAGAAGGGCAAGCCGGUUCCGAGAUCAUUGUCCGAUACUCCGAAACGGCCAACGAUGACGGAACAGUCUUGAUGCCUGACCCGCUGUUCAAAGAUUUCGAGACCAAGGUCUACUCCAAGAUAUAUCUGACUGGAACAGGCGGGCCCGAGGAUUGGCGACCAGACUUUUCAUUUACUGCUGCUCGAUUCAUACAGAUCGAAGGUGUUGCAACGGAAGACGGACACGGACUCCCUGUUGUACGUUCUGUAUAUGGAAGACACAUCUCCUCUGCCUCCCAGCGUGUAGGCUGCAUGAAGACCGACAAGGACGAUGUCAAUGCAUUGAUCAAGGCAUCGCAAUGGUCGCUAUCCAGUAACAUCUUCAGUUACCACACAGACUGUCCACAGAUUGAGAAAUUCGGCUGGCUUGAGGUAACUCACCUUCUGNCACCUGCGUCGCAAUACGUGUUUGGUAUGGAAGCACUCUACACCAAAAUCAUCUACGAUAUGAUCGACGCUCAAGAACCUAGUGGUCUUGUUCCAACAAUGGCGCCUGAAAUCAGAUAUAUGUGUGGCCCUCUGCACGAUACAAUCAGUUGGGGUGGAGCAUUGUGCUUGUUACCCGAGUUGCUUGUCAAGUACUACGGCUCCACCUGGGUCAUACCGCAAGUCUACCCAGCCGCUGUACGAUACAUGGAGUACAUGAAGACCAAAGAACGCCUUGGAGGGCUCAUCGAACACGGUCUAGGAGAUUGGGGUCGCGACAUUGCUUGGGGCAACCUUCAAGCCAACAUCGAAACCGCCUACUACUACAAAUGCCUCCAGAACACCGCAAUGAUGGCCAAACACCUCGGUCACUCCGAAGAAGCUGCAAAAUAUGAAGCUUGGGCUGCGCGAGUCCUCAAGGUAUACAAUCGCGAACUCCUCGUCACGGAUGAUGAGACUCUGCCGUACGCUUACUACACCUCCCGCGACAACAUCGGCCAAAGAGACUGCCAAGCCGUCGCUCAAGCAUACGCUCUGCAAUUCAACAUGGUGCCUCUCCAACACAUUCCCUCAAUCCAACGCGCCUUCCUCGCCAGCGUAAGCGACAACCGUAUUCGCUCCGGCGAACUCGGUCUCAAAUGCAUCUUCGAAACCCUGGUCGAUCUGCAGCGUCCGGAUAUCGUGCUGGCAAUGGCCAGACAAGAAGAACACCCUAGUUACAUGCGCUUCUUACGCAAUGGCGAGACCACUUUUCUUGAGUUCUGGCAAGAUGAGUGUAGAUCUAAGAGUCAUGAUUUGUUUUGCACUAUUCAUGAGUGGUUUUAUGCUGGUGUGUUGGGAAUACGACCGCGGGGAGAUGCAUACAGGACUUUUAGCAUUGAGCCGCCGUAUGAUUCCGAGUUCAAGGAUGUGGAGGGUCAUGUGGAUUGUCCCUACGGCAGGAUCAUGGUCAAGUUUAGCCAAACUGUUGAGAGAGUGGCUCUGAAUGUCUCUGUUCCGGUGGGAACAAAGGGGUCAAUCAAGGUUCCCGAAAGUGUCAAGUCGUCAGUCAAAGUAUCCCGAGGAGACGAGAUCUUGACAGUGGAGGCAAAGAAUCAGUAUCUGGACUUGAGAAAUGGCAGCUACUCCAUCGAAUUUCGGUGA